AUAAACUUAUUAAAUAGGAUGGCCACUUCGCCACUCUGGUCGGCUUUGGCAUGACUCACUCGGCGGCUGGGGUUUCCAGUCCAGUUCUCAAUGAGGUGGCUCUCCAGCUGCACGACUGUGCCCAGUAUAAUCUGCUCUACAAACCAGGUCUGGAGAUUUGUGCGGGGGACUCCAGUUCCAACAUCUGUGGCGGCGACUCAGGUGGUCCCCUGCUGUGUGACAACGUGGACGGGUCCUUCAACGUGUGUGGGGUUGUAAGCAGGGCCAUGGGGGGACACAACAGCUGUACAUCUUCCCCCGCAGUAUUCACCAAUGUGUCACACUACUCAGAAUGGAUAGAGACAACUAUGACUGAAUAUUCUUAGAUGGAUCGAUUAUAAAUGCAUAUGGUCACAUUUAAAGGAAUUGCUGGUUAAAAUGUACUUGGCAGAGAAGGUUCCGACCAGAGUAAUAUAUCUAUAUUAUAUAGAGAGAAAACGCCUGUUAUCUUUGCGCAAUGAAAAAAAAGCAU